AUGUACAACGCGGUAGCAGAGAAUGUUUUAGGUACCAUUGGUACCAUUUUCUGGUGCAUUCAACUUAUACCCCAGAUUAUUAGAAAUUACAAGGUAAAGAAUUGUGAUGGGUUACCGCCCUUGAUGAUGUUUUUAUGGGCAGCUAGUGGAAUUCCCUUUUCGGUGUAUUUCUUUGGUAUAGACGGAUCGAUCCCCUUGAGGAUCCAACCGCAGUUGUUUACGUUUUUUUGUAUUGUUACUUGGGCACAAACAUUGUACUAUCCGCCGCAUGCAAUUUCCAGGAAAAGGAUGGUGUUAUUUUUGACCAGUUUUGUAUUGGUUUCAGUUGGUUUGGAAGUUGGCUUUAUCUUAUGGUUAAGACCUCUUCACAGAAGAGGCAUAGAAUGGCCCAUGUUGAUAAUCGGUAUUAUUGCAUCGAUAUUGCUUGCAGUUGGAUUGAUCCCUCCUUACUUUGAAUUGGCAAAGAGAAAGGGACGCGUUAUUGGCAUCAAUUUCGUCUUUUUAACCGUGGAUUCGUUGGGUGCGAUAUUUUCCUUAUUAAGCGUCGUUGUGGGACACAUGGAUAUUAUGACGUUGAAAUUUCAACGGGACGGCGAAUAUGAGAGUGCUUAUAACAUUCAUCACCAAUUGUUUCUCCUAGAUAUUAUAGCAAACUAUUACUACGAAGAAGUUGAGUACAUACGAGGCAUACAGAAUGGAGCAGCCAAUACUGUUGUUGAUGAUCUAUCGCUGUUGUCGCCGAGCGUGAAAUCGUUGAGGUAUCUCAUUUUCAGAAACAGAGGCAUGCUUUAUUUGAAUAUACUCAAGCUGGGGAAAAAGCUUGACUCAAUAGUAGAACCAGGUUCUAGUUGGGAGAAAAAGGCAAGGGACAUUUUUUACUCCAUGAUUGAUGAUUUUUGCGUGGCUCUUUUGUAUAAUGAGGCCGAUGAAAAGUUGGUCAACGUGCUAUAUCAUCUAUUCACCUAUAUUGGAAGCUUGAAAUUGUCUAGGUUUACUUUAGAGUACGCGACAAGCAGCGCUAUUGAAAGUGAUGACUUGGCCGGGUUGUUACCAGUCGACUCAGCAAUUGAAAGCAGAUUAAACGUUUUGAAAUCUAUGCUCAAUUACACCCAGCCCAAAUCUAAUCGAAAUAACAUUCGAAUGUCAAGCCCACCAAAUUUGCAAUUUCUUGACCAGUUCAAGCAAGAUUUUGAAACUCAGGAACUUCGACAGAAACAGAAAAACAAACUAUUCUUGAAACUAAAAGGUAAAAGUGAUACAUUGUCAUGGGAAAAUGUGAUUUGUUCAUUAAAUGACACGAUUGUUGAACUCCAAGACCACUCAAAAGUAGAAGACAUUCAUAAACCAAAACUUCGCUACGUGGAUCCUUAUCAACUCAGCGAAGAACCCAUAGAAAAUGUUAUUAUCGAGUACGAAUUGGCUGUAACUCCAACUCAAGUUGAAUCUACUUUGACGACUGAAGUUAAGGAGAAGGAAGAUGCAAACUCCAAUACAGACAAAAUUCAAAACGAGCAAAUUUUGGCAAAGGAUGAAGAACGGCAACUGCCAGAAGAGACUACGACGACGACGACGACGACGACACUGAAUGACAUGCUUGAAAAUAAACAGCAAAUACACAGGGCAUCCAAACGUCUAGCGAGAGUUGAGUCAUCAGAGUUUUCCAAACCAGAAGUAGUGGUGCAAAAAUCUCACUUUGCAGGAUUGGACUAUUUUGUGAAAAAUUUACGAAAUCUUAUUGGUGAUUUUAAGGUAUGUGAUAUACCAGGGGUAUACUUUGAAGAGGUUGAGACAGAGCAAUAUGUAAAGGACUUUCUAAGUAUAGUCACUAGUUGGAAAAGCUCAUACCUGGAUGCUUAUAGUAGUUUCUGUUCUAUUGACGCAAAAUCAACCAACAACAAUCUGAAAUUGGUAGAGUUGUUAAACAGUUUUAGCAAUAAAUUGCAAAGUGAAGCACAAGUGUCUCACAUCGCACUGUUGAAUGAGCUAGAAAAUGGCGAAACGAUUGUUACUCACUUGUCUGGGAAUCUUGACUACGUGGAACUAAAAACCAAAAUUAUAAAGCAUUUGUUAGCUGAUGAUAAGGCUGCUUUAUAUUUAAACUCGAAAUGGGGAGAUAGCUUGAUUAUUAAAAUGAGCGAAUGGGUUUUUCAGUUUGAAGGGUAUUUGUUCAACUCGAUAUCCAAACUGUACUCGAACUUGACUCUUGCAGUUGGCGUACUAGAGAUUCUUGUUGACAACUUGAUAAAUCUACAAGUUCAAGUAAAGAAUUCAAUAGAUUCUAAAAGGGUAAAUAAGACCAUUGUGAAUGGGUUGUGUCAAGAUUUGAUUAAGCUUGAGGAUAAGAUUUCAAAGUGGUUGCAAUUUUUGCAAGAGGCAUUUGUGUGCAAUAAAGUUGAAUCAUAUGAACGGUGGAUUCUUUUUGCUAGAUUCAAGUGGUGUCAAAUUCUCAAACAAAAAGCUCAGACAGUGGCUUGGAACGAAGACUGUAUAAUUAAAUCAUCUCUAGAGGAGGUAUUGGCAUAUGCAGAGUCAUCGGAUCUCCCAUUAAACAUUCAUUACCCAAAUUGCAAAAAUUUCCCAUCAUUGACUAUAAGUAAUUUAAAGACUCAAUUAACGAUUGUAUCGGUGUUGACGAUUUUUUCCGAGAUUUUGUUUGCAUCCAAUAUGGAGGACAAUACAAGGGCGAUGCAUUUACUAGAAGAUAUAUUAAUGUGCCUGAGUAGUAGAGAAAAGAAUGAAGCAAUUUUGUCAAUAAAGGAGUUUUUGAAAACCAACUCUGUUGAUUUGAGUUUGAGCUUGUGGAAUGUUUUACUUCAAUUUUAUAAACUGGCGAAAUUAUACGGAAACUUAGUGAGUGGGUUUGUGGAGAGUUUGGAUGUUUUCAAUAAAAUGUUGAAGAGUUUGGCGUAUGCAACAAUGGACGAGAGAAGUAGAUUUGACUCGUUAUGCAAAGUUUUGGGAUUUUAUAACAGUAGCUUGAGUUUAGUAAUUGAACACCUUGCAGAAACGGAUUGGCAAUUGAAAGGAACCAUUCCAUUUCAAUCAUUAGUGCCCUUGUUUGAAAUAUGCUUAUUAUUUGAGAUUCACGAGGAAGCUUGCAGCAUUUCGUCACUAAAAACUUCGGUUAAGAAAUUUUCACCUGCGUCGUACAACUUAUUAAAAGAUAUGUUUCUCAAAACGGUUGUUCUUAUUUUAGCAAACAUACAGAGCUCGCUAGGUGAUGCUAAGACUUUACAUGAUUCUAUUAAACUAUUUCAUGCUCAGUUAGGUGCCAGCGGUAUUUGUUCUUCUGCUAAUGGAAUAUUUUUGAGAGCUGCACAAGAAUACUUGAACAAGUUGGACUCGGCCGAAAAGGAUAUUGCCCAGGUAAUCAAAUGUCGGUAUCAUUACAACAUUGGAUUUGAAGACUUUCUCCCAUUUGAACAUGAAUCACAAAAGAAAGAAGAGUUGCGUAUUGCUGAUUGUGAGGAAUUGGCUAAAUUUGUUUUGCCACUAUGUUUUAAAACUAAUACGAUAAAAAAUGUGCCAAAGCAGGAUAUGAAAGUGCUUAUUGAAGAAAUAUACGAGGUUGUAGGAAACCCCGAUUUUGACAAUGAUGCACAUUUGAGCAGGAACAAAGCAUCCAUUGAUCAUUUCUUAGAUACUACGUGUCUCACUCCCAGGUUUAUUCGCAACUCGUUUCAUGGUUUGGUGAAACUAGAUAUUGAUGAAACCCAAAAUAAGAUUGCAUCUAGUGGUCUUUACUAUUUACAAGGACUACUAAUUUUUUCAUCGUACAAGUCGCGCAAGAAGAAUAUGCAAGGCAGAGCUGUUGAAAUUGAAACCGCUAUAUCUUUAUUCACAUAUGAUUUACUUUAUGGCAGUAAUAGGCUAGAAAGUUGGUUCCUAAUAGCACAAGCUUAUGGAUAUCUUGUUGAAGAUGAUUUGAUUUGGACGUCAGAUAAAUUGACCGUGUUUGAUAGGAAAGUCGGCACUGCCAAUUUGCAACGCAAGUCCCUAGUUUGUUAUUUAAUGGCAAUUAAUUGCACGCUUGAUCCAUCGAUUAAGGAGCAAGCAAAACAUAUAGUGGGAUAUCUUAUGUCUUACUUUGCAAAAGAACUUUUUAGUUGCGUGUCUGCACCCAUGGAUAUGUUGGCCUUGAAAGUUCAAUCUCAACCUAGAUUUGUUAAUGGACCUUCUGGUGCUUCUUUUGCCAGCGCUACUGAAAAAAGUGUAGUUUCCAAAAAUUUUUGUUUCAAGUUGAUUAAGCAAGCUUUUCAUUUGUCUUUAAAAUCAGGUGGCAGGGAGUGGACGGAUUACUACUAUCUUUCCAAAGUUCAAAGAAAGUGUGGGGAUCCUCCAUCUCUAGUUUUAAACACUAUGAGUCGUGCAUGCAAGAAAGCUGCAACGUUAAAAUUGAGUGAGAGUAUUGUCGAGCCACACUACUGCUUGGUUUCUUUGUGUAUGAAAUAUGUCAAAAGCAAAGAAAUUACUCCAAGCGAAGCUGUUGCUUACUUAAGAAGUAAUCCCCUUUUGAAAUUUAACGAAAAAGCUUUAGAGGGUGAUUUUUAUGAUAUAGUAAUUUCAUCACUUAAACAAGUUGAUGCUGCUGAUAAGAAGAAUUGGCAACACAAGGCCAAGUAUCGACUAUCACGAGUAUUAUACGAGCAGUUUGACGAUGUGCAAGGUGCCAUAGAUAUCAUGUCUGACUUUAUAUGUUUAAAAUCCGUAAAUAAGCAAUUGGUGCUGAUAUGGAAACCAGAGUUUGAAAGACCAGGAAAACAUUUUCUUUAUACUUACCAGUAUAUACGGUUCUACAUUGAGCUUUUAAAAAGAAAGAAAGACAUCAACAGCUUGCUUGUGAUGAUGCCAAAACUAAGAAGAUCAAGCUCGAUCAUGAUUAAUCUUUACAAUGCAUGGGAACUUCUUUGUUCCUCGAGUUGCAGGAUAAUUCGAACGUCUUUUGAUCUUGGGGAUAGUUUUGAAUUCACUGACAACUUUAUCAACAAUUUGCCGUUCCUGAUUUUCCUUGCUAAUACCAAGCACAUAUCCGAUGCAAUACAGGAAAAGGGAAUUCCCAAAGAGUUGGAACCUCACUUGUGCUUUUUGUUUGCCAGUAACGAUAUGAGGAAAUCAAACAAUGGGUACGGUCCAACUUCAUUGAUUGACGAUACUUUUGUGAGUAUCUAUUUCAAGAUUUAUGAGCACUUUUUCAAAGAUGUUAAUUCCCAUACCUACCAGAACUCCCCGAAUUCAAAAAGAAAAAUCGCAAAGAAGGACAUUUUUCCGAUUGCCACUGAUCUUUUGAAAAUUACACGAAGAGAUGUUGAAGAGAAAGCAAAGGAAAUACCUGAUAUUUACAAUUAUAUGAUGAAGGAGUUGGAGUCAAAGCUGCUGAGUAAAAAAAAAGAUGAGGAAAUUGCUGACACCAAGUUGAUUAAAGAUGUAAAUGAUGAAGAUGGCGAGAUAGCAAAACCCUCUACUACAUCAGAGACCACAACUGAUGUUGCUAGACCAAGUACCCCAAAACUUGGCGAUGCUGAUGGUGAAAGUAUGCCCAGACCUAUUACUCCAAAAUCUAAUAACGUUAUUAUUAAAGACGAGAUUGUUGAGAAAACUUUGAGCCCGUCAGUCAUAAUGCAGGCGAACGAUGAGAACUCCACUUCUACUAUAACUCGAACACCCAGUGUUGUUGAGGAUGAUUCGGAAGCUCUGCCGUCGAAGUCGUUAGUAAGUGGAACCGGAACAUCUGCUUUUGAAGUAGAAUCAAAAACUAGUGGAUUAGAGAAUAUGGAUGAGCAAACUAUACUACCCGUAGGUGAAGAUAAUGGUGAUGGUGGAGAGGGUGACUCCUUCGAGAUCAAAUCAAAAGUCAAUGCAGAAUCAAAUUCUGAUAAAGUAGAUGAGCGAAUGGUGACGCGUCGGGAUGCUAUAGGUGAUGACGAAUCUGUGUUGGAAAAGGACCAAUCUCGAAAAAGACCAGCGGAAUCCCAGGAACAACCACUAACUGGUGAUAGUACAAACACUGCGAUUAUAGAAGAUGGAGAUUUAAAUCAAGAGUCUAUUUCGGAUCAACCAGCGAUGAAAAAGCUUAAAGAUGGCAAUUGA